AUGGAAGCUGAUGUCUUCUUCAGUGGUUACGAGGCUUUACAGGAAGCUUCUCGGACCAUUCAGCUAACGCUUUGUGAUCCUUCUCCAGUCCACAAAAUCGUGUGGUCUUCUUUUGACCAUAUAACGGGACCUGAACUGCGCUUCGUAUGGGAAGUUGUAGCGUCCACGAACUUAACUCCUGUAGCUUUGAGCACAAAUUCUGAAAGCACAAAAGACGGGUCACUUAGUACCACGUCGUCGUUAUCAAGGGACACUAACAGCGUUGCUUAUGAAGAAAUAGACGAUGUUUUACAGAUUGCCGAUCCCGAGAAACCUCAAUAUCUCGAUGAGCUGAUGACAGAAAGUCGAUCCACCCUCGCUGGAACAACUACUAUGACAGAUGAUGACGAAGACUUGUCGCGCCUGAUGACUAGCUUCGCGUCAUCUUCUCAGUUUACGGAGGAGGAUUCUCAAAGUGAAGAAAUGUGUAGAUCAGAAGAUACGAAAGCGUGUAAAUACUCUCCUAAACAAAAGCUUUCCGGUAGUGUAUCCUCGCAUGGGAGGUUAGAAGACAGGGCAGAUGAGAUGGCAUCUAGCCUUUACAGAAAUGUCAUACCGGAGCCGUUAGACUACGGUUUGGACCCAUUAACGACAAGAACUGUGGAGGAUUGUUCUGAAGAUGUUUUUGAAAACACGGAUUUCGUUGAGUCAAAAAGGGGAUGCGGUCAUACUGCAAUCUCUGAGCCUGGGUCUGACGCAACUUUAAUCGACUCUCGCCUACUUGACAGUUGUGAUACUGACACAAAUCGUGUACUGAACAUUCCUUGCUGCGAUGAAAAUAAUGAUAUUGCGACAUUACACGGUGGGGUUACUAUGGAUGGUGAUCUUCAGGCACUUACUACAUCUGCCGUUGAUUCUGGAAUAGCAGGGACUGUUUCUGCUCAUAGUGAUUUAAGUGCUUUCUGCACAUCGCCAUCUAUAGACAGCGGUUUGAUUCAACGUAGCAUUGACUUCGGAACUUUUGUAAAUGAUGUAGCUGGAGGUCCUAAUAGAAUAGACGAGGGUUAUCAUGAGUAUGAGAAAAAUUCUUUUGCUUUUAAUGACAGUGUUGACUACGAUACCCUUAUGGAAAUGUCGGGAGAAAGUACGUCUAUCCCGCUGACCGAUGAAGAAUUUAUUGCGAAACUUGUUCUAACCGACCAAGUUUACAGCUUACAGUUACCGUCAGUAAAUUUAAUGCAUAAAGUGAAUAUAGUUCCAAAGAGAAGGCUUUUAAUUGGUUCGUAUCUCUUCCCUGUCAAGCGCGCUGAAGACGGCAAGAGUGUUACCUGUGCAAUUUCAAUCGUAGCUGCAGACACAAACUAUGAGUGGUACAUGAGACGGCAGAACGUUAUCGAAGAAAUGUUUGUGGAUGUCAUUCCGCGCCUCAAGGCUUCAUAUGGC